CGGCGACCGAGCAUCGAGGGGCUGCGCAGUGCGCGCCUGAGCCUUUGGUGCGCGCUCCCUUUAAGGCCAAUAUGCCAAAACAAUACUCCGCAUCAUAACUCUGAUUACCUCCUGGCUAUGUACUGCGCCACAUGCCAAUGUGGGGGGUAGACAUCACAUACUUUGAAUUUCUCUGUCUAUCUGGCAAACGUUCAGGUCCUCGUCCGACACCAGAGUCGCUCGUGUCGGUUCUCACAGUUCAUACACCACCACCAUGACCAAGAUAUUGACCUCCAGCCAAGCUGAGGAACUGCAUAAGUCGAUAAUCGCCUACCUCUCAUCAAUAAAUGCCUCGCGGAGUUGUGAAGUGCUGCGGGAGGAACUCCAGGUGGACAGUAGUUUCGACGAUGCGCUGUGCCGGAAAUAUGAGGGGCUAUUAGAGAAGAAAUGGACCGGAAUUGCUCGGCUGCAGAAAAAGAUCUUGGACUUAGAAUCUAAACUCGCUGGGCUCCAAACCGAGCUUGACACUAUAUCACCUACAGCCCGUUCCACCGGGAAGGACCCGAUAAACUGGCUUCCUACUUCUUCCCGACACACAUUCGAGUCGCACCGAGAUGCUGUCACAUGCGUCGCAUUCCAUCCUGUCUUCACCUCUCUCGCCUCCGGUUCCGAGGACUGCACAAUCAAAAUAUGGGAUUGGGAACUCGGCGAACUAGAGCGGACACUCAAGGGCCAUAUGAGGCCGGUCUCCGAUCUCGAUUUUGGCGGUCAGAAAGGACAUACCAUACUAGCAUCAUGUUCGAGUGAUCUCCAGAUCAAACUGUGGGACCCGAACAAGGAUUAUGCCAAUGUUCGGACUCUUUCUGGGCAUGACCAUUCAGUUUCGGCUGUGCGCUUUUUGCGACAGACAGAUAACAUUCUUAUUUCGGCUAGUCGGGAUGCGACAAUUCGGAUAUGGGAUGUGUCAACCGGAUACUGUGUCAAGGUGAUCGACUCGCAGGGCUCCUGGAUCAACGACGUAUCGCCUUCUUUCGAUGGAAAGUGGCUGGUCACAGGAGGCCGUGAUCAAGCCGCGAUGGUUUGGGAAGUCGCAUCAGCCAAAUCGGUUGCGUCAUUAAUAGGCCACGAGAAUUUCAUCGAGUGCUGCGUAUUUGCGCCUCCCUCAAGCUAUAAGCACUUGGCCGCUAUUGCGGGACUAAAGACAGCACCACCUGCGAGUAGCUCCUCCGAAUUCAUUGCGACGGGAGCUCGUGAUAAGACGAUCAAGCUCUGGGAAUCCCGGGGCCGAUUGAUCAAGACAUUAGUUGGGCACGACAACUGGGUACGAGGCCUAUUAUUCCAUCCUGGCGGGAAGUAUUUAAUCAGUGUGGCGGACGACAAAACAAUACGUUGCUGGGAUCUGUCUCAAGGAGGAAGACUGGUGAAGACGAUCAACGCCCACGGGCAUUUUGUUAGUUGCAUUCGUUGGGGCCCAGUACCUGUGAGCGAUGUUCCAGUGGAGACUUCUGAAUCGACUAAAAGUUCCAAGACGGACUCUGUCAAGCCUGGGUUUCAAUGCGUCAUUGCAACAGGGAGCGCCGAUUCAAGUGUACGGAUUUUCACGUAGUUUCAGAGGUAAAUGAUUGCAUAUAUCCUAACCUUUUCAAAGACUAAUACCAAUACGAAGACUCAGAUUCAUGAAGCUCCCUCCUCCCAUCCGCAAGACACAUACACACUCACACCCUUGUAAAUGCAAUCCCAGGAGAAACCAACAAGCAAGCCCCGAUAUUCCGAGGUCGAGGUCGAGGUCUCCAGCCGCAGAUCCCUUUUUCCUGUACACAAACAAACCCAAACACACUGCUGCUCAUCGCGGCUCCCGACCAGGAGAAUUGAUUGAUGAAAUGAUGAAUGAGAUUAUGACUGAAGCUGAAUCUGAUACGCGCGUUGGUUGCCUAGAAAUAACAUGAUGAUGUCUGAAGUAGGAGAAGGAGAGGACCUUAGGAGAGGGAACCGGUUACACAUCACAGGGUCAUGUCUGGAUCAGACAUCAGACAUGCAACAUUCGCGAAGCAAAAAGCACAAUGCAGCGCGACCUUUCCCACCACUCAGACCGAGAUGGAGACGAGCAAUCUCUUCACGCAUCGCAUCAUGCAUGUCUAC